CAGGCUGACGGCUGCUGGAAUGACAGGGGGGGGUGUUCUGGUUCUAUAUAAAGCAGUGAUGGACUCAGCCAGGGGCCACAGGGACCCACAGCCUCAGCUGGACAUUAAUCAUGGGAACCAUCAUCUCACAGAUCUUCUCCAGGUUCACCUCCAAGUUUCCUGUCAGGAUUUUAAUGGUGGGUCUGGAUGCUGCAGGGAAAACCUCUCUGCUGUACAGACUGAAGCUGGGUGAGGUGGUCACCACCAUCCCCACCAUCGGUUUCAACGUGGAGACGGUGGAAUAUAAAAACAUCAGUUUUACUGUUUGGGACGUCGGUGGUCAGUCCGUCAUCAGACCGCUGUGGAGACAUUACUACACCAAUUCUCAGGGUCUAAUUUUUGUGGUGGACAGCAACGACCCUCAGAGGAUUAAAGAAGCAGCAGAGAACCUGCACAUGCAGUUGGACGAGGACCAACUGGCUGGAGUCCCUGUACUCAUCUUUGCCAACAAACAGGAUUUGCCACAAGCCAUGUCGGUCAGUGACAUCACAGAGGCUCUGAACCUAUCAGAAGUGCAGCAACCGGUAGGUACUUCCUGUGCUUAG